UUUGCACGGUUGAAAUCAAAGUCCGGUUUGUAAACCUACCUUUGUGAAAAAAGAAAAAGGAAAUCCUGUAAAAUCAUCUCAUUGGUCUGUGACCUUCAUGUGGGUGAUCCUAUCAAUAUUUACACGACAGCUCUAGCUAUAAGAUGAACAUACCGCUUUGUAUUAUUUGCAUUUGCGCCUUUGCUUCCGAGUUCCGGCCCCUUCCCAGCGAAGGCGAUCUCUUCUUCGAAUUAGGGUUUCAGAUUACUAAGCUUCUCUCGGGGUUCCUCGUGCAAAAUGGGUGGAGGGAACGGCCAAAAAUCGAAGAUGGCUCGCGAGAAGAACAUGGAGAAGCUGAAAGCUUCUUCUAAGGGAAGUCAGCUCGAAGCAAACAAGAAAGCAAUGUCUAUUCAGUGCAAGGUAUGCAUGCAAACCUUUAUCUGCACCACGUCUGAGGUCAAAUGCAGGGAACAUGCUGAGGCAAAGCACCCGAAAUCUGAUGUCUAUACUUGUUUCCCACAUCUUAAAAAAUGAAAGAAUAAGCAAGUAAGAACACUGUCAAGGCACACUCCGACAGCUUCCUCCUCGCCUCAUUGUUUAGAUGUCACACUGUAGCAGGAUGCAUGAUUUCUUGACUUGAACCGUGUUUGCACGCUAUUUAGUGUGUUUACUUAUGGUAUUGCUCCCUAUGUAUCAGAAAAUUGGCUUUGGAUUAAUAUAUUAGUGGUAUAUUUUCCAUGGUCUUGUUUAA